AUGAAGCAGGAGGAGUUGCUUCCUCCCCCUUCCGCUUCUUCUCUGGGCAUGGCGGAUUGCCCAGUGUUCCUCUCGCCUGACGGGGGGCUCUUUUUUGCAAGCAGCAGCAGCAGCAGCAGCAGCAAUGAGAGCAGCAGCAGCGGCAGCAGCAGCAACAGCGGCGCGCCUGCUGCAGCAGCAGCUGCUGCUGCACCGCAGCAGCCGCUGCUGCAUCUCACUGGAGACUUAGGCUGCUACCGCGAGGGCACUCUGCAUCGCCUGAUUGCCGCAAGGAAUAUUCCGGGGGUGCGGCAGUGGCUGAGUAAUCCGAUGUGCAGAGACACCAUCAACGACUUCAACCAUGCAGGCGAGACGCCGCUGCAUGUGGCGCUUCAUGUAUGCGAACCGCGAAUUUUGUCUCUCUUAUUAAACCCGCCCCCCAUUCAGUUGCCGACAGGCUCCACCUUGAGCAGCAGCAGCAGCAGUAGCAGCAGCAGCAGCGAUGGAGUUGAUCGCGGGCCCGGGCCUUCGGGGGCUUUGUCUGCGUCUGAGGAGCGGCCGGCGGAGUCAUCGGGUGAAUCAGCAGCAGCAGCAGAUGCAGCAGCAGGAGGAGAAUCCGGAGCAGCAGAAGCCUGGACACCGACGGCAGCAGCAGCAGCAGCUGCAGCUGCAGCAGCAGCAACGGUGGACUUCUCUCUGCCACUGGAUGAUCUCCCCCCGCUGCACAUCCUUGUUAGCCGCUCUUCCUUUGUCGCAGUGCGUGCAGACGUUGCAGAAUGCUUGCGGCGUCUGCUGCAGCAUGUGGGGCUGCUGCAUGCAGCAACGGGCGGCUCCCGCGUGUGCAGCCGCUGCUGCUUCACGCAUGCAGCCCCCAGCAGCAGCACCAGCAGCAGCUGCUGCACCAGCCCCACCAACAGGGCCUGCACAACCAGCAGCAGCAGCAGCAGCAGCGUGAAGGGGUCGGCUUGGAUUGGCUGCGGGCAGCAAGAGCUGGAUUUAGAUGCAACAGACGGCAGCGGAAGGACGGCACUUCAUGUUGCUGCUGCAGCAGGAGGUGCUGCUGCUGUUGAGUUGCUGCUGCAUGCUGGUGCCGAUCCUCUGCUUGCAGACAAGCGGGGGCUGCUGCCUUUGCAUGCAGCGGUAGACAGCAGGUCAGUAGAGUCUCUGCUGCUGCUGCUGGCGCAUACGUUUCCAGAAGAUUGCUUCUACUGGAGCGAUCCUCUGCAGCAAGAGCAGCAGCAGCAGCAGCAGCAGCGGCUGGUGGUGGGUAGCGCAGCAGAAGCGGGGCCCUCUGGGGCUUCUGCUGACAGUAGGGCCCCCAAGAAGGUGGUGCUGCAGCGAACGGAGAGGAGGCCCCUGCUGCAGUCUGCUAGCAGCAGCAGCAUGCUGUACCAUAUCGCGAGGCGCUGUGUGCGGCGCUGCUCUUUUCGUUGCUUAGCUGCUGUAUUAUCCUUCCCUAUGAUCCCUGCCAGCAGCAGCAGCAGCAACAGCAGCAGCGGAGUAGGAGGAGCAGCAGCAGCAGCAGCACCGGAGCCUUGCAUGGCGCUGCAGCUGCUGGAUGUUGAGCAGCUGCGUGCUUUAAUUGCUGUUGCACGGCGGGUUGGAUGCAUGCAUUUGCUGCUGCUAACUUUGCUUGAGUUGGUGGAUACAAAUGAUGGUCAGUUUGCUGCUGCAGCGCAUGCAAUAGCAGAAGCAGCGGGAGGCCUGGAUGCUGCAGUUGCGCUGCAGCAGCAGCAGCAAGAUCUCCCCCACCAGGUGUAUGUACAGCAGCGCUGCAGCCGCAGCGGCCGCUGCUACAGAGUUAUUGAAGCAAAGGGCACGCUGCUAGCUACUCAUGAGAGCUGCAUGCAUCAUUUACCUCUACCCGAGCCUGCUGACUUCCCAAUAAAAAGAUUUAAAUUAAUGCAGCGGUUCCCAGAGAACCCCAGCAGAUUGGAGGUGUUGGUGCAGCCUUCUUCUGGAGUAUUGAGGGCUUGUGAGUUUCGUUAUUUGGAGUGGUUAGACACCGCAGCGCCCGCAUCUUUAGCUGAUAUUCUCCGCGUCCACGACGUGAACUACGUCUUCAGACUUAAGCAAAAGAUCCGCGGGACCUUCGGGGCGCGUUCAUCGACGAAGUCCGGCAGCAGCAGCACGAGCAGCAGCAGCAGCACGAGCAGCAGCAGCAGCAGCAGCAGCUACGCCGGGCCGGGGUCUGUGGAUCCCUAUGCAUAUUCUUUUGCUGAUGGAGAUACACCUGUAACAGCCCUUAGCUGGGAAGCAGCAACAAGUGCAGCAGGAACGGUAAUUGCUGCAGUUGAUGCUGUCUGCACUGGGGCGAAGAUUAAUGCUUUCUGUGCGGUUCGCCCGCCGGGGCAUCACCUGGGCAGUUGGGGUGCAGCUCAGACUUCACCCUACGCCCUAACGGACGAGGACAUAGCGGCUGGGAGUCAGGGCUUUUGCGUAUUGAAUAAUGUGGCAAUAGGAGCGGCUUACGCUCGGUAUCACUAUGCUAACAAAGGCAUCAGGCGUAUAGCAAUAGUGGAUUUUGACGCUCACCACGGCAACGGCACAGAGCAGAUUAUUCGGAAUGUGGGGCUUAAAUUCAGAAAGCUGCAGGGGCUGUCAGCAUUACUCUCCGAUGAACAACGCAUGCAGCGCAUGCACCGAGAUGCUGCAUGGGGUGGACCCUUUGGCUUAUCAGAAGCAGAGGGGCCCCGGGGGCCCCCUGAAGAAGGGGGUUCACUUCAAGAGGUACCCUUUGAGCUGCCUGUUUGGUUGGGGUGGAGAGACGACAGCGACGCAGCAGAACUAUUCUUCGCCUCCAUUCAUGCCUUUGAUGGGAACUUCUACCCGGGCACGGGGGCGGAUUGUGAAGAGUUAGCAUGCGGCGUUGUAUGGGUCCUUCACCUCGAAGGUCCUUAUCAGCAACAUCAGCAGCAGCAACAGCAGCAGCAGCAGCAGGAGGUGGAGGAGGCGGAGCAGCAGGUUUCAGGUGUCAUUGCUGCAGGAGGCGGGGGCUAUCAUCUCGUUCAGCAAGAGGGAGAGAGUUGUUUAGUCGUCGAGCAACAUGUACGUGCCCUUGUUAAAGCAUCUUAUCUACAACUUGAUGCACAACUUGCUGCUGCCGCUGCUGCUGCUAAGCCUGCGGGGACGCCCGCUGCUACUGCUGCCGCGGAUGCAGAGGACAGCAAGGCAGCAGAGGCAAACGGGGGAAGACACGGCGCAGCAGCAGCAAAUGCAGCAGCAACACCAUCAGAAGCAGCAGCAGAGGGCCCACGCUCUUCCACUUAUGAUGACAGCAGCGUGCCGGGGGGGCCCCCGGGGGAUGAGGGGCCCCUAUGGGAGGACGUAGAUUCAUCGGAUUGCUGCAGCGACUGCAGCAGCAGCAGCAGCGGCAGCAGCAACUUCUCCGCUUCAGAAGAUGAAUUUGCUGCUAUGCCAGAAGACUGCAGGCCAGCAGACGACCUCGAUCCCGAGGCAUUCGCAGCAAACACUGAGCACACUGAACCAGCAGAGCAGCAGCCCUCAGAGCCCGGGGGGCUCCCCCCAUUGAUACCCCCAGAAGGGGGGCCCCCGGGGGGCCCCAUGUUAGAGGGGGGCGCCCCUGGGGAGGCCCCUGGGGGCCCUCAUGCAACAGCGCAGGCACAGCCGUUCUGCAUGAGUUUGGGUGAAGAGGGGGGGCUGCAGCAGCAGCAGCAGCAGCAGCAGCCUUUGCCGUUUAUACCUGCUGCUGGGGCUUCUCAAAAUCCGAAUGUUGUUCAUGAUGCUGCGGUGUAUGGACACCCGGCAAUCUCAGCUGAGGAUCCGUGCUUUAAGCUGCAUAUGAUGGGGGCUGCUGCAGCAGCGGUGGAUGCACCCACAGCUGCAGCAGCCGCAGCAGCAGCAGCGGCAGCAGCAGCAGCAGCAGCAGCAGCAACGGGCGGGCCUUGGAGCAGCAGCGAAGACUCAAGGGCAUUCCAUACAAUUAAUGAAGGGUUGCGGAGCCCCUCCGCUAUCUCUUCGCUUUCUGAAGAUACUGCGGCGGCCUGCAGCAACAGCGGCACGGAGUCGUCUGCAGCAGCAGGAGCUGCUGUUGCAGCAGCAGCAGCAGCAGCUGGUAUGGAGCAGCGGGCAGGAGAGGGUUUGUUCGGAGCUGCUGUAGGCACUGAGGCGGCUGCGGGGGCCCCAGGGGGAUGCUUCGCACUGCCGCAGCAGCAGCAGCUGGCGGCGCCUCUUGCAGCAGCAACCACCGCAGCAGGAGCAGAGAGAUUUCCGUGGAUGGGGGGUCCGUCUGCAGCAGCAGCAGCAGCAACACCAGCAGCACAACAGAGGGGGCCCCCCGAGGGCCCCUGCAGCAAAGCUGAGAGGCUGCAGUAUUUGUGUGGCUUCUAG